CACAGAAGUGCGAAUCUGCUGAUAGUCCCAAACGAAUCCUAAAAUCUAUCUACCGGUGAAAAGAAAUUAUUUAGCCAGCAUUAUAAAUUUUAAAAAAAGUGUUUGAAUAAAGUCUUCAACAAGGUCUUAUAAAAAGUCUAAGGUCAUUUUUUAAAAUAUCUCAACCACUUAAAUUUUUUUAUGGAAGUUAUAAAAACAAAAAAAAUUUAAUUUUUAACAUUAUUAAAAUACAGUUUUUAUAUUAAGCAAUAAAAGCUGUACAAAUUUCUAAAAACUUUAUAAUCAGCCUGCUGAUUAAAACUUAACUGCAUAGUUUAUAACAGUAAAUACCAUUAUAAAAUCGGAUUUGAUAAACGAUCGUCACCUCGCUAUAAGCUUUAUUGUUUGAUAUUAAUGCUUGCGAACAACAAGAAUGGAUGAUUUUGACGACGACUCUUUUAAUGAUGUCCUGGGCUCCAUGGAGAUGCCCUCGGCGGCGAAGCAACCGAAAGUAGUUGCGCCACCGGCAACAGCAGUGGCUCCAGCUCCGGCUGCCAGCAGCAGCACCGCCAGUUCCGCACCAGCUAAGCCAGCUUCCAAUCCGCAUAGCGUUCUCGUUCACAGCAAACAGCGCGGCAAUCCCAUUCUUAAAUCUAUUCUUAAUGUUCCCUUGGAGUUUCGAGACGAUAUCGUGCCGGAUUAUGUUGUUGGUCGAACAUCGUGCGUCCUGUACUUGUCCCUCAAGUACCACAAUCUCAAUCCGGACUACAUCUGCCAGCGGCUGAAGGUUCUGGGCAAGAUGUACGAGCUGAGGGUGCUCCUCGUCCAAGUAGACACACCAGAGCCACACAAUGCCCUCAAGAGCUUGACCAGGAUCUCACUGCUGGCCGAUUUGACCAUGAUGCUAGCGUGGAACGCCGAGGAAGCGGGAAAAAUCAUUGAGACCUACAAACAGUUUGAGAAAAGGCCUCCAGAUUUGAUAAUGGAGCGAGUGGAGUCGAACCCGCAUCAAAAGCUGGUCGCUGCUCUUACCAACAUCAAACCGGUGAACAAAACGGAUGCAGUCACCCUGCUGCAAACUUUUGGCAAUCUAGGCAACAUAAUCACUGCCAGCGAGGAGCGACUCUCUCAGGUGAUGGGACUCGGUCCCCGUAAGGCCAAGAAGCUGUACAAAACACUCCAGGAGCCUUUUCUUAGCAAGUAGAACUUAUUAUUAGGUACAGGGUACUUUCAUUACUUUGUGUAAUUCAUUUCAUCCAUCAUUUGAAUACUUUAAUUUCUUAUUAGACAGAAACUGUAAAACAAACAAAGUAUAAUUAUUGUUUAACCACUUAAAUAUACUACACAUUGUUCGGCCUGUUACUCGGUCACUUUCCAAA